AUACUCAUAUUCGAAAAAAAAUUAUAUAUAAAUUUCAACCCUUUCUUCAAAUAUUUUAGACCAAUAAACCCCCCCCCCCCUCCCCAAACACACACAUUUGCAAAGAGAUACUAAAUCUCAAUUUCUUCUUCACUUUACUUACUUCAAAAAAUUUUGUUGACGUUGUUUGUUAUUACUGCAAGUUGUAAAAAGAUUUUUUGCUAUGAAGUUAAUCAAGAACUAUUUUAUAAAUGAGUGUUUGGUUGUAUAAAUUGGAAAAGGUUUGAGUCUCCAAAUAAACAAUGAAUAUAUUAGGACUAAUACCACUACAACACCCGAACUAUGAACAAAAUGUCACUUGUGUCCUAUUCUUUCUAAUAUUCCAUUUCUGUCCUGAACUAUGAUACUUUAUGUCGUUUGUAUCCUGACGAUUUCGUUGACCGUUAAAUCUAACGGUUGACUUGACGGCGGUCAAAAUUAUGUUGACUUUUGGUGACAUGGCAUCCACGUGGAUUGACAUGUCAUUAUUGUUCAAAAUCAAAUUAUUAAAAGAAGUAAAAUACAAAAUUAUUAAAAAAAUUAAAAAAUGUCGCCGCUCCGCCCCAGCUCUACUCUCUCCGGCGAUUACCAGCUCCUUUUAACAUCUCUCGAAUCCGAUCACAUUGCCGCUCCGCCCGAGAUCUAUUCUCACAUGCUUGUACUUGAUUCACUACCUUCAACCUCCAAUUGGGGAACUUGACAGCUGCCCACUUCAGCUCGUAGCCAUUCUAGAUCUGGGUUCCUGUAGAUCUCAUGUACAUCCGCCUUAAAAUGCUCGAUCCGAGUGACAAAGUGAGUUCCACCUCUCAUUUCUCUGCUCCCUCCCCUGAUCUCGAACUCAAUGAUUAAAGCAGCUAGCUAAUCAAAGUUUAUCUUUCUUUUCGGAUGUUGGGCUACGCCAACCAUGAAGGCAGUCGGGGAACCUCGCCAACAAUGAGUUCCACCCCUUCGCGGCGAUUGAUUUUCGCAACGAUCUCUGUCGUCGUCUCCUCAACGAGAUGGGGAAACGAAAGGGAAGAUAGAGGACCUUCGUCGUCUCCUCGAUCGAUUUUCGCGACGACCUCGUGGCAUUUUCAGCUUUGGAAUCGAUGUCGCCCCUUCACUUCAUCUCGCCUCUGUUGGUGUGAUUUCGGAACCCAGGUUCUGGUGUGGAUUCUUUGCAGGUAUAUAGCUCGACAGAUGGUGAAGGUGGUGGAUUUGGUGAGUGUGUGUGGGGACUCGAUAUUUGACGGCGCCGGAUCUGUAGCAAGAGGCUGAAGGAGGAGGUGAUGGAGUUGAAGUAGUUGAAGAUGAAAUCGACGGCGAUGGUCGGUUGGAAGAGAAGCGAGAGGUGGAAAGGGAAGGUGGAGGAAGGGUCUUUAUUUUUAUUUAUUUUUUAAAUGAGUUGGAAAAUAAAUAAAAAUUGGAUUAAAAAAUUCCAUGUAAGAUGUCACGUCAACGCUGACAGGAUUUUCUGUUAAAAACUAACGGUCAACACCGGUCAACACUAACAGAUUAAUAGUUUAGGACACAAAUGGAAUAUUGGAAAGAAUAGGACACAAGUGACAUUUUGUUCAUAGUUCGGGUGUUGUAGUGGUAUUGGCCCAAUAUAUUAUAUAAACCUAAAUAUGAGCCGUCACACAUUGAUGUUAAAAACUACUCAUUAAUUCAAAUUUUAUAUGUUAUUUUUAGAAUAUUUUAUUUUAUUAUUAUCAAAUGACAUAUUUCUCCAUAAAACAUGAGUUCACCAACAUAGACUGUGUGGUGUUCGCACUUGUGCGCGAGCCCUUGAAGUUUAGGUCUAGUACAACCCAUGAAGUAUUCAUGUUUGUAGAGGAUCGAUCCACAUAUAUUGUCUUCAUGGUAUGCGCUAACUGGGUCGUGCUAGCUCUACCAUGUGCAUAUGUAUAGUUAUAUGCAUUCUAAUAAUUAAGUUUCUACCUAUUCACAACACCAAUAUAAAAAAACAGUCAUAAAUGAACCCAAUAUUCUAUUUUGACUACAUAAUGAAAUAAAUACUACAUUUGAACAAACUACCACUUAUGUCACAAAUAAUAAGUAUACCUCUAAAUCAUAGAUAAAAUAUAUCAAGCAUCACAAAUAUUAAGAUUAAAUUAAUUAUUAUGAAGAGUUAACAUUGUAACAUGAGGUUAAUUAUAACUCAUUUAUAUGUUAAUGCCCUAUAAAUUGAUCUAACACAUCCAAAAAUGGUGAAAUGAACAUCACAUUAAACCCAAUAUCAUCUCAUUAUUGUUGGGUCCAUUCAUGCCAGAUUAGCAAUAGUUUUAAAGUUUAGCAGUUAACCAGACUAAAAUUUUAGAGAACCAUUCACCUAUAGUUUGUACAAAAUAUUAUUGCUUCGUAGUAGUUCUGAAAAUUUAUAUUUAUUUAAAGAAUUCUACAUGACUUUUGAAUAUUCAAUACUGCAGUUCGAUAUGCAUUAUUUCAAGCAAUGAAAUUUGGGUUGCAAUUUUAAGAUUAUCUGAAAUUGUAUAGGUUAUAAAAAAUUAUAAAUCACGUAUUAAACUUUGCUUUUCAGAAAGAUUUAAUAGGCUAGCUAACAGUGAUGGAAAAGUCUUCUGCUUUUCAAAUCUCCGUUUAGUGUAUUUACAAUUUAAUAAGCUAAAAUAGUUGUUGUUUAGUGUAAUUGGUUGUGAUUAUUCUUUUUGUUUGAAUAGACCAUGGUUCAAAUCUUUAUAUAGAUACUUUUUUAUAUGAAGUAGAUAAAUAAUUAUGAUGACAAAUUUACUCUUCCUACUUUCACUCUCAAUUGACGAAAUUUGAAAUAAAAAAUCUUAAAACAU